AUGUCGUUCACGUACUGCCCGCUGAGAAUGUCUGCUGACAUGUGUAUAUUUCUCUCGUUUCCUGUAUUGUUGUACAGAAUCCGUACCAAGGGUGCUACUGGUGUCUCGCUCUCCACCCAGUUCAUGCACUGCUUCGCCUUUUUCGCUCGCUAUCUGGACCUCUUCUUCAAGGGUGGUGAACUGGGAGCCUACCUGACUUGGAUGAAGAUAUACAUCCUCAUCGCCGCCAUCACCACCGUACAUUCUCUCCUUACAGCCCAACGCCCCUUUUCCACCCACGAGGCAAACUCCAUCCUCUCACAAGUAUUCGCCACCACUUCCAUCUGCUUGUUGCUCGGUUCCUUCCUCAGCUACAGUCCCCCAUUCUCCAACUUGCACUUGCAUCUUCAUACCGAUUUAGUCGAAGUGGCAUGGGCUUUCUCCGUCUACUUGGCCGCUGUAGCAGACGUGCCUCAGUUGAUGGAGUAUGAUAGGAUGGAGAGGAAGGAUACGUUAUUGACGGCAUAUCUCGUGCUAUGUUUCGCAUUCCGUGCUCUAUACCUGCCUCACUUGGUUCUCCGGUACCUUGACCAGGGCCUAUUCGACGUGAUUUCAAUUUUCGGAGGACUUGUUCAGACGUCGAUCUACAUCAUCUACGGGCUCUUCAUCGUCCUUCAUCAUUCUCGCCGUCAAGCUAUCGUUCUUGACGCCGAAUCUGUUGCUACCUCUCUGAACGGCAAUGCGUCUCCACUGGUGAAAGAGGCACUGGUCGAUGAGAAGAGUGCUGCAUUGGUAGAUGACGCUUGA